CAGUCAAACUAAAGUUGCAGAGCUCGUGAAAUGUCAAUAUAUUGUAAUUAAUUACCGCGAUAUCUCCAUAUCAGUCAUGAUUUUCUUCCCUGAUUGAUUGCAGAAGUUAUUAUAAUUUCUUGCGGAUUAUACGUGUGCAUAGAGAAACCAAUUGACUUGAAAGUUGGUCAAAAUGUCGGAAGAUUAUGUUUAUCAGCUCGCGAGGAUUGGACCUGCGGCUACCUGCCCCAAAGUCCCCGAUGUGAUGAGACUGCAAUUGGGGCUGACAAAGAUUGGAAGAGGGCAGAUGAAUGACUUCUACUUGGAUUCAAUGGUCUUGAAGAAUUUCAUUUCGCGCUCACAUGUUGAGAUUUUGGGAAAAAAGAAUGAAAACGGAGAAAUUGAGUUCAUAUUGACUGACAAGGGUUUAAAUGGAACCUUCAUCAAUGAUAUAAGGACUCAUAAGACUUGUGUCCUGGAGGUGGGAGACAAGAUCACUUUUGGUCACACCAACGGCUACAAGAUACAGCCUGGAAGCUAUGCAGAACAGCCCCUCUCAGAAUUCCAGUUCGAGUUUCAGAGAGUUCCGAAAAGUUCGAAGACGUCUGAAAUGUUCUCUGAACGGAGCAUGUCAUCGCCAGCACCAUGCGAAGAUUCCCUUGAUUCUAUCCCUGAUCUCAAAAAAGACUCAACUGUGGUUUCCGACAGGCUAUUUCUUAGUGAUAUCCCAGCAAACAAUCAGUCACGUGACAAAAGCUCAAAAUCAAACUCAUCUUAUUCAAACCAUGUGCGAUCUCGCAAAGACAGUAGCUCGCAGUCUGACAGUGACAUCAACUCAUCCAAAAAUAGUUCUCUUUCGAAAACUAGCCAUCAGAAAUCAGGAAAACGUAACUCUGACAGUUCUAGUAAAUCGCCUCCAAGGGAGGCAACUAAGAGUGGCUCUCCAGCGAAGAAGGGGAGAAAAUCAUCUUCAGGAAGUAACAAAUUCUCAGAAACAUUACCCAUGGAGGAUGAUGAGGAAAGUGAUGAGGACGAGAAAGAAGAACCAAAUGAAGAUGAUGACGACCAUGAGGAUGAGGAUGUUGAUGAUGACGAUGAAGAAUUUAAACCUAAACAAACUAAGAAGCCGGUAGGGCGGAAGGGACGACCAAGCCUUGACAGGAAGCCACCAGUGAAAAGUAAAAAAGUUGUGGAAAGCGACUCGGACAGCUCAGAAGAAGAUGAAGAAUCAAAGCCGGAGGCAGAUCAGAAACCCAGACCUCCCCCAGCGUCGAGCAGACAGAAAAUGGCAGGAAAAAAGAAAAGAAACGCCAAUGAUGCGCCUGUGAUUGGUGGGCGUAAACGUCGACGGAGGGGCGGGCUAGGUGGAGGGACCUCAUCGACCUUUCCAAAUGACCCCAAGGCUGACCUUGAACCAGGGGUUGAGUGGUACGAGGAUGACAAGUGUGAUGCCCCAGACUGCAAACGCCCGAAGAAAAAACGAACCCAAUGGGUCCAGUGUGACGAUUGUGACGGCUGGUAUCACACAAUGUGUGUCGGCGCAAACUACAACAAAUUGAAGGACAGCGAUGAACAUUUUAACUGUGGCUGCGAGUAAAUGGUUGCCAUUAGAUGAAACAUUUCAACUGUGGCUGCGAGUAAAUAGUCGCCAUUAGAUGAAACAUUUCAAAUGUGACUGCGAGUAAAUGGUUGCCAUCAGAUGAAACAUUUCAACUGUGGCUGCGAGUAAAUGGUCACAAUUAGAUGAAACAUUUCAACUGUGGCUGUACGUCAAUCAUCACUAUUAUAAAGCCUUCCUAUAGGAAAACAGGGCUAAAUGCAUGUGUGUUUCCCAGAUCAGCCGGUGCAGCCUGUACUCACUAAUCAUGAUCAGCCGGUGCAGCCUGUACUCCCUAAUCAUGAUCAGCCGGUGCAGCCUGUACUCCAUAAUCAUGGUCAACAUGUUCCACCGGUGCAGCCUGUACUCCCUUAUCAUGGUCAACAUGUUCCACCGGUGCAGCCUGUACUCCCUAAUCAUGGUCGACGUGUUCCACUGCACCCUGUACUCCCUAAUCAUGGUCGACGUGUUCCACUGCAGCCUGUACUCCCUAAUAAUGGUCAACGUGUUCCACUUAAACUGGAUUUUUGCAAAGAAGAAACAUCCUUUAAAUGACAAAUACCAUACAAGCAGGAAUUGUCGUCCCAGAUUAGCCUGUGUUAACUGCACAGGCUGUUCUGGGAUGACACUUAAUGAGCAUGCAUUUAGCCCAGGUCUCCAAGAGCAGUGCUCAAAUCAUCUCCAAAACAACAUUUUUAACAGAUGCUGCAAAAUAGUGUUUUUUUUAUGUCCCCCAGUCAAUUGUUUUUGCCCUGUCUGUUUGUUUGUUUGUUGGUUGGUUUGUCUGUUUGCAUCAAAUUGUAACAUUGGCCAUAACUUUUGCAAUAUUGAAGAAAGCAACUUGAUAUUUGGCAUGCAUGUGUAUCUCAUGGAGCUGAACAUUUUGAGGGAUAAAAGAUCAAGGUCAUCCUUCAAGGUCAAAGGUCAAAUAUAUGGGGGGGGGGGGCAUAGUGUUGCACAAAAACACCUUGUUUUUUGUUCAUUUAUUGGGUCCGGUAGGGGAACUCAUUCCCGAUGGAAACAAGUAUACAUUUAAGCCAAAACGGGACCUUAAAGUUCCCAAUGCAAGGUUUCCAAAAAAUAUAUAAAGAAUUAAGUCUCCAAAUCCAGGUCUAUUAGAUGCACCUUUGAAAAUAUAAUAUUGAAAUCACUAGUAUUAUCUUUUAAAGUAUUUGUAAGCAUAAAAUCAACAAACACAAUUUUCCAAUUCUAGUCAAAAGGACAUGAUAUUUUCUAAUCAAAAGGGAACCGGCCCCAUUCCCAAAAUUGUGUUUAAAAAAACUGCAAAAAAAUUCAAUUGUUUUUACUACGAUUCAUCUUUGUACCGAAUAUUUUAAUUGUUGCUGCCAAACAUUUCAACUGUGAUUUUGAAUGUAAUAUUAUUAUCACCAUACCAAAUAUUUCUUCUGUUACUGCGAAUAUAUUGUUUCUUUAUUUGCACUCGAUAUGGCCUUUGCUGUAAACCUGAAACCUGUGAAGUUCUUUUUGAAUAGAUUUCUUAUUCCUUGGUUCAAAAUGUGGACAUGUCAUAUUGUGGAAAACAUUAUAUGUUUCUACAACUACAAAUUGUGUAAGGAUUUGCUGUGAAGAAAACUAAAGGAAAGUACAUGCAGAUCAUAAAGUCGGCACAGGCUAAUCAGGGAUGACACUUUCCACCUAAAGUUGAUUUUUGCUAUCAAGAGACUUUUUCCAAACAGAAAAUAUAAUUAAAGUGGAAAGUGUCGUCGCUGAUUAGCCUGUGCAGACAUAUAUAUAUAUUUAUAGUAGUGUAAGUACAUUCUGAAGUACACACAUUUUGUCUUAUUGAGGUUUACAAGAAAUUACCAAACCUCUUAGCACUAACUCCUCUCUCUAUUAACCCUUUGCAUGCUGGGAAAUUUGUCGGCUGCUAAAAUGUCGUCUGCUGAAUUUGUAAAAUUAGCAUUUUCUUUGAUUUUUUUCAAAGAAUACUAUCAGAACAGCAAACAGUUUGGAUCCAGAUGAGACGCCACGUUCUGUGGCGUCUCAUCUGGAUCCAAACUGUUUGCAAAGGCCUUUAAAAUUCGGUUCCCGCACUGAAAGGGUUAAUUUGGAUACUUUACAGUUGUUGCUCAUGACCAUUAGUAAAUUGCUCAUGGAACCUACAUUUUCAGUGGGCUUCUCUGUGGUCAACCAUGUUAUAUCAUUGGGUCUAUUCAUUGCACUGCAUGCAACAACACAUUAAUAGUUGAACAGGUUUUCUGAUGAUUGUUUAUUGUCAAGCGGUGUCACCUAAAUUCACCGUGACAUUUUAGAGAUUUCUUCCUAUGGGCUGUCAACAGCCUACCUGGGCAUCUAUAUGUUCCACGGAAUAUCAUCUUGAUAUAAUUUUUUAUAAAAACUAUAUCUGUUAAGUUUUAGAUGCUUUACAGAGGCAAACCCAUGUAAUGAAAUUAUUUUUUAUGCCAUAUGCAAAGUGAAAUGUAUAGGGCUUUAGAGGAAAAAAUUUGGAUAUUGUAUUUUUUGUGAAACACCAAUGUGCAUGUACUUUGAUGUUUGGACAUGUUUGUAGACUUAUUAGUUUGUUGUAUAUGUGUUCUUAGGUUUUAUUUUAUUGAAUUAGAAAUUAGUUAGAUAUGUUAUGUAAAGAUAUAUAAUGAUAGUGUUUAUUGCGCAGCAAAAGGUACUUAAAUAAUUUAACCAGUUUUAUCGUCUAUUAACCCUUUUUUCACAAAGAUGCGUAUUUUGUUGCACUUGACGUCCCUAAGAAUUUUUAUUUUAAUAAAAGGCUUAGAUUCAAGUUUUAAAGGCUUUAUUUCUAAUCCUUAGAUACUUAUGAGCAGCAAACAGCAUAAAACCUGAACAGCCUUGGAGUUACUCGUAUGCUGUUCUAUUUUUAUGCUGUUUGCACUUGAACAUUUUCACUUUGUUUUUGAGUGGGAAAGGGUAAAAAGAAAUGGAGAUUUGUGGAUUCUCAUUUCAUGACUACUAUACUGUUUUAUGAGCUCAUGAGUACAUACAAGUCCAAUUAUGGAUGUGUGAAUUUGUAUUUGCAUGUGUGAUUCACGCACAUUUAUACAUGAACCCUAUAUGUAUAGGAUCUGGCACGAGUUGUCAUAUCAUACCAUAUUGUAUUAAACUGGUUCAAGAAUUUUGUUAUUAAGCCAGCCUUUGGCGAGCUUACUAAAGAUUUUCCGGACGAGUUUAAUAAAAUAUGGUAUGAAAUGACAAUGAGUGUCAGAUCUUUUUUAUACGCCCGUUUUUAAAAACGGGACGUAUUAUAGUUUCACCCUUUGCGGGCGGGCGGGUGGGCGGCCGGCGUCCACAGCAGUGUCCGCUCUCUAAUUCAAAUAGUUUUCAUCGGAUCUUUACCAAACAUGGUCAGAAGUUGUGUCUAGACAAUAUCUUGGUCAAAUUUGAAUAUGGGUCAUGCCUGGUCAAAAACUAGGUCACAGGGUUACUUAGUGCAUUUCAAACAUUUAGCAUGGUGUCCACUCUCUAAAUGGAGUAGUUUUCAUCUGAUCUUCACCUAAUUUUGUCAGAAGUUGUGUCUAGAUGAUAUGUACGCCAAGUUCGAAUAUGGAUCAUGCCAGGUCAAAAACGAGGUCACAAGGUCACAUAGUGCAUUUCAAGCAUUUAGCAUGGUGUCCGCUCUGUAAUUGAAGUAGUUUUUAUCUGAUCUUCACCAAAUUUAGUCAGAUGUUACAUUUAAAUGAUAUCUAGGUCAAGUUCAAAUAUGGGUCAUGCCGGGUCAAUAACUAGGUCUCGAGGUCACUUAGUACAUUUCAAGCAUUGAGCAUGGUGUUCAAAACCUUUGAACGGGCGUAUCUUGUGACAGUUUGGCUCUCUUGUUAUCACAUACCAUUAAAUGAGCAAAUUAAAUAAAUAUUUACGCAAACAUUAUGAUAAAUCCUGAAUGUUGUUUAUAUUUGGUGACGUUAUUUGAUGUUGCAACGUCAUUUCAGCAAAAUAACAAAAUGCGAUAGGUCAAUGGAACGAAAACUAAGCCAAUGAAAACCUUUAAAAAAUAUAUUACACACGUGUAAGAUAAAAAUAUUGUUAAUGAUUAUAAUACAUGGGAAACAGGGUAUGGCAUGUGCUAAAAAUAAAAAUUGUUAAACUAACUUUAAAACUGUAGCUGUAAACUGACUUUAAAAACUGAAGCUGUAAAUAAUUUUUAAAACUCUAAAUGAUGGCUUAACAUACAGCUGUCACUAAUUCGGAAAUAAUGCAGCUAGUAAUCCAUGCAUAUGUUAAAAAUGUAUCAAUUGUUAUCAUUGUAAAUACAACUCUUUUGUGUUUCAGUGUAAAAUUUUACUCAUUUUGGGGGAUUGUCUUCUGUACUCCGAAUUUUAAAUGUUAGUGCUAACUUUUUUACGUCUUAACUGUUAAAUAUUGUGACUUGUCGGUGUCAGGUGUGGGCAUCUGUGCCUGUGACCCAUUUCUAGUUUUUAUGAAAAAAGGAUGGUUGAAUAACCCCAGUCUCUCAUUUGCUGUAAAAUUAAUGGCUGGAAUAGCCCUUUUGAGCUCGGCUGUUUUCGGAGAAAACACGAGGUAUUGUCAUAGCCAGCUCGUCAUCCGGCGUCAGCCGUCUGGCAUCCGGUGUGCUAAAACCUUGACAUUUUGCUCUAAAAUCAAAAUGCUUCCACCUACAACUUUGAAACUUCAUAUGUAGAUGCACCUUGAUGAGUUCUACACGCCACUAGGUCACAGGUCAAGGUUACUGUGACCUCUAAAAAAAAAUAUAAUCUGGCAAGCUUUCAUUUAUUUAAAACUGCACCCGCAGCAGAGCGUUGGCAAUGUUAUGCGUUGCUCUUGUUUAGCUUAUGUUGCAGUUUUAGUGAGAUCUGUAUUAUUAUCAAACUACGUAAGAGUGUGAUAAGUGUUUAACUGUCAAGUACAUGUCAACAUGAGUGUUGUCCAUUCUGUCCUUCACAAGUAUAAGUAAUCAGUAGAGGAAUAAGGAUCAACCUAUAGCUUUGUUCUUCCAAGCUUUUGAGUAAAUUGAUUGCGUCUAGUCACCAAUUGGGUCAUUCCUAACCACUUCAACAUAGGCUUGUCCGUAGCUCCACCCGCCUGCGCAAUAGCACAGCCUGAUCAUGAGCUGCCCUGUCUGCCAUGAAGUCACUCUAGGUUUCGUGGUCUAAUGAACAGACAGAGUAGCUCCUGACCACACUGUGUGAUUGUGUCGUAUAGUCGAGAGCUAUGCUGGCCUUAUUUGUCAUAAUACACAUUUUCGCAUGACAUGGCUAAUAUAAAUCCUUGUUAAAGUUGGUUUACCCUUUACCACUUAGAUACAUAUUUUGUCCCUUUUGUAGUCCCUUAGGAAGGUUAAUUUUAUUAAAGAGCUUUCUUACUAAAUUCAAGUUUUAAAGGCUUCAUUUCCAACCCUUAGAUAUUGAUGAGCAGCAAACAGCAUUAAACAUGAAGAGACUGCGAGUUACUCUCUGUGAGUUACUCCCAGGCUGUUCUGGUUUUAUGCUGUUUGCACAUAGCCAUUUUCACUUAGCUUCUGAGUGAGAAAGAUUGAACUAAGUUUUUUCUUACAAGUGAAUUCAUGCCCACUGAUAACAGAUAUUCUAAAUGUUAAAUGAUCUAGAAUAUCGUAGAGUUCAACAAAUCUGUGAAUGAUAAGUAUAUGGUAUAAAAUGAAUGAAUUAUAUUUUAUUUGGAAUACCGGUAGAUCAUUGAGAAAUAUCAGAAAAUGCAUGUCUUUACCGUGUUUUCCCAUAUACUAAAAUUUUCUCUUUUGAUAACUGUUUGACUGUCAUAGUAAAAUUAUUUGUGUCUUUUUUUUAUGUUAAUUUGAUAAUGGAUGUGUUUGAGUUGAUUAAUUUAGACGGCAUGAUGAAUAUAGUAUAUGUUGGUAAACAUUAUUUACAAACACAAAUCAAAGUAUAGGAUCACAGUUUACACUUAAGCUGGGAAAACUGGGCUUAAUGCUUUUGCUUAAAGUUUCAUCACAGACUAGCCUGUGAAAUCCACACUGGCUAAUCUAGGAUUACACUUUCUGCUUGCAUGAAAUUUUUUGUCUCAUGGAAGUCUCUUAUAGAAUACAAAUCCAGUUUAGGUGGUAAGUGUCGUCCCUGAUUAACCUGUGCAGCCCACACAGGCUAAUCAGGAACGACACUUCCCGCUUUAAUAAUAUUUUUUCGUUUAACGUCCCUUUUUACCAAAAAUCUAGUUUAAGCGGAAAGCGUCAUCCCUGCAUAGCCUGUGCGGAUUGCACAGGCUAAUCUGGGACAACACUUUACGCACAUGCAUCAUGCCCAUUUUUCUCAGAAUGCGACCCAUAUAUCCUACAAAGAUAUUUUGCACAUUGCCAAAGAAUGUUAUGUUUCAUAAAGUUUACAGACUUAACCCUGGUCUUCAACAAAGCCCUUGUGUUUUGCAGUGCCAUGUUUUGUUGAUCUAUUUACACUUAAAUAUCAUUUCUCGUGUAAUCGCUUCACUUUUAUUGGACGUUUUAUUUUCAUUUUAUAAAAUAAAUUGAUUUGAAAUCACAUUGGGGCUUUAAAUACUUUACCAACUUUGCUGUCAGUAGUGGUACCUGGUCUGAUUAAGAAAAUUUAUAUUUAUUUAUUACAUUCAGCAUAUUUAUUCUAUUAAUGUCAACAACAGCAUGAUCAUAAAAGCAGUUUCAUUUUGUCAUAUUUUGGUAAGACAUGAAUGGCGUUAAACAAUAAAAAAAUUAACAUGAAUAUUGUAACAUACUCAUCCUGUCUUGCUAUGUAAUCAAGCACAUUUUGUGAAAAUAAAAUGUCUGUACCUGUGUUAA